AUCUUAAUCAAGCACUUGGCUUCAUUCACAUUGCAUUAUUCAUGCUCUUGCAGGGCAAUCCAAUACAGUUGGGGCAACUUGGAAAAAAAUUAAACUUCGUAUUGACAUCUCAUUUGUUUUUUACCCUUCAAUUCUGUAACUUUAAUUCUAGUUUGCCACGUUUCCCACCAACAGUGUUUGAGUUGAAAAUUAAUUAAUAUGAAAGACAGGGAGGAGGCAUUCAAUUUGAUUUCGCCCAUACCUAUGCCAAAGCGUAUGUUACUGAAGAGGAGGUCCUUAGAGCUGCCUGUACAGGACUCAAAACAACGCGAUGAAUGCUCUGGAGAGGAAGUAGUACUAAUGCUGCUGCCUGGAUAGCACAUAGCAGCAUGUGGUCGAGGACCAUUGAGACAAGUCACAUACCGAGUCAAAUUCAUUGUGCCAGCACACAUUAGAGUAGAAGAGAAACCAUUUCAAUCGGAAGCGCCAAGUCUGCCGAAUCCCCUAGGCCCAGUCAAAAACGUGGAAGCAGAGCCAAGCUUAUGAUUGGCUGCUGUUGAUCGGGUCCCUCUCUGCUCCAUUGAUUUGGAAUGGAUAAGGGCUGAUUGUUAGCUUCGAAAUAAAGUACGAAUUCGUUCGUUUACCAUGGACUUUCCCGUUCACCUGUGUUCGUUAGUACCGUCAUAAUGUGAGGGAUGGCUGCCAAAGGCUCAAUGUGACUAUUGACUCAUUGCAUUAUAUGCUUUGGAGUGAAGAUUAACAUUGUUAUAUCAGGAGAAGAACGUGCUGUACCCAAGAGGACUCUGUUGAUUGCUAACGGGCUUUCUGUUCAACAUGUCUGAAGAAAAUAGCAAUAGCAACAUGAGCCCGGAACCAGAAACAUCCAAUGACACGAAUAACACCAGUGACACUAGCGACAAGUUCCAAGAUGAUCCCUCUGGUCGAAGAUCCAAGAUUUGUGCCAUUUGUUUGACCAAUUCAGAUUCAUUCCAUCUGAACUAUGGGGCCCCUACUUGUCUUAGUUGUCGGGCUUUUUUCCGUCGCAUCGUUCAGAAUGGAAGGGUGAGCAAGUUAACUUGCAAGCGGAACAAUGAAUGUGAUGUCACCCAAUCGAACCGAACAAAGUGCCGAAAAUGCCGAUUAGAGGCAUGCCUCAAGGCUGGAAUGAACAUGCAGUCCGUGAUGAACGAAAUCCAGAAGCAUGAUCGCUUCCGAAACUACGAUAAAAUGUGGAAACGCUCGCGGGAACGUGAACAAAGAAAAAGUGACUCCACUUCCAGUGCCAGUCAAUCCCCCACUACAAGCACAUCAUACCCUAGUCCGGGUCCUGUGUCAAUCGCCCCCAAAGCCUCGCCGCAUUAUCCCCCUCGGCUGAGUUUUGGAGGCAAUAUCGGUCACGGGUUUCAAUUAGCUCCUCAUCAUGGGCCAGUUCGAGGUCCGGUGAGGCCGCAGGGUGUACCACUGCAUGUAAGCCCAGUAAUGCACCAUAUGGCUCAUCGAUCACAACGCCCCCAUAUAGAGACGUAUGUGCCUUCCCACGGUCCCCAACCUUCGCGUUUUGUACCGUAUGUUAGUCCUGUGGUAGUCGGACAAGACGUGGUUCAUCAUGUUCACCCCCGGUCAGAUAUGGGGCUGACUCACGGCUUAAUUGAAGUGCCAAGACCCGAAAUUUUGUCCUUGAGAACUUCCAGCCCGCAUUCGUCCACAUCGGUGCCUUUUGGUUAUCGUACGGUUGAGGCUCCCAUGCCCUACUCGACCCCCAGCCAGAGUGAGGCCGAAGAUCUUGUGAUGACCGCGCCCAAGCAGGAACCCAUUGAAGUUCAAGAGGUCGAGGAACAGCAUCCAACCACAACUGAACACAGACAAGUGCUUUUGCUUUCUUUGCUGUGGUCCGAAUGUCUUAGUAAGAUGAAGAUCAACCAGAGAUUCUUAGACUCUUUGAUCCAAUUCCACAAGCGCACAGGAUCCUACACGAAAGCCAUGAUCUUCGACCAUCUGAACAACAUCGGAUCCUUGUUCCAAGACUACGCCAAGCAAAUUCCCGAGUUCAAAACUCUGUCGGCCAAUGACCAGCAAAAGCAGCUCGAACGCGCCAUCCCAAUGUUUAUAAGCUUCAUAUUUGCCAAAUACCUGGGUUCCAGUAACGGUUCGGAGCAGUUCCAAUGGCUUUUCCUAUUGAAAUCUACUCCCAUUGAUAUCGACCCGACCACCCUGUAUGAGGUCAAUCUCUCAUUGAAUCUGCUUCAGGAUACUGUGAAGACGGCUCGAUGUGAGAAUCUGAUCAAGACCAUUGCCAGGAUCCCAGUGGAUCAAGGCAAGGUCUUCACGAUUGCGUGUGCUUGCUUAUUUGAGCCGCACCCUGAAGCCGAGUGUGACAGUGUCGAGCAAAUCAUCCAAAACCAAGAAAAGGUCCUUGGGUACUUUUCCCUUGACCGUGGAAGUCUCUGGGAGCUUAUUGAUGCAACACGUCGUCUUUCUUUGGUGUAUGCCAACAUGAGUUGGGAGAACACUCCCCGAUUGAAAGCCAUUAAAUUGCCGUUUACGGAUAUGGAAAACUCGUGGAUGGACGAAGCUUGUUACAUGAUCACGAAGAGCUUCCAGGAAGUGGCCUUAGGAGAAGAACACAUGAAGCACGUAAUUGCGAGCGAACUCUUCGAGGUUCCGUUUCCUCCUAAUUUCUUCCAAGAAUACUUGAAAUUGUGGUCCAAGCGAUUCUUGACCAUCCUUCAAGGAUUUGAGGAAUUCAAUGCCUUGAGCAAUGCAAAUCAAUGCUUGUUAUGGCAAGCCACUGCCAAGAAGGUCUUCACCAUGACUCUCAUUAAAUUUGAGCAUGAGCCAGAUGCGAUCUCUCAAUUGAAAUUUGCCCUGGGGAUUGAUGACAUCCGUACCUUGGAGGAGAUGAUUCGCCCAUGGGGUGCCAUCCCGGAGGUCAUGCCCAAAAUGGGUAUGAAGCGGUCAAACAGGGUGAACAAGUUCUUUGAUAAAGAACAAGAGGACCUCAUCGAGGAGAUGAAGACCAACAUUGCCAUAGUCAUUGAUGACAAAAAGAUAUUUGGCAAUCUCUUCAUGUUCUUACUUUUGGCUGAAGCGAAAACCGUUGUCCCCACAGAGAGCAUUGCAUCCAUGGGGGAACGCCAUCUUACGGUGCUGUAUCGGAAAUUGGAUAACGAUGGUGACGCCAAUGUGAGCGUUGACCAAUUGAACAAAUGCAUCUCGGAUCUCAAUACUUACAAUGCUCAAAUUGAGCCUCUUUUUUGUAGAUGACCGUUAGUGACCGAAUGUUGUUAAGUUAUUUAUUUUGUUGAUGAAAUACAUUUGAGUGUUGAAAAUG